CAACUCAUAUUCGCGAGAAAGCGGUAAGUGAGGAGAAUGUGGUGUAACCGUAGCCACAAACGUCAAGAAAUCAUACUGCAGCUUACCAUACUCUGGAGUGGUGUAUGUUGCGGUAAGUGAAAUGACGUAAGAUGUUUAUAACCUUAAAAGCGGGAAACUAGUGAAGUUGAUGGUGGUUUAAGGUAAAAAUUAGUCAAUCGUUCACCAGUUAAAAGUGUUUGAUUUUUAAAAACGCUUGUAAAAAUUGGGCCAAUUUAUUAUGGAAAACUCUGCCAACAUGGAAAAUUACGUGGAAUUAGUGGAUAUUUCCGUGAAUGUUAACGGAAAUGAUGUUUUAUUAACGGUAGAUGCGGAAACAGCGGAGACCUUAUUGAAUGAUCACGACCAAGCCCGAAAGUAUGUCGAAAUGGCAUUUCCUGAAGCAAAUGACAAUUGUACUGAUGAGAAUAAUAGUAGUACGUUUGAAGAACUGUGUUGUGUGCCUGAGAAGAAAAAAGUAUGGUUCUCUAAAGGGCGACCUACAGCAGAGGAUGAGGCAGCUACCGCCACAUUGUUAGAGCUGAGGAAAAAUUACGAUCCGAAAUUUCGUGAUAAAAAAUCUACGAAUAAUUCACUGUGGGCGGCAAUAGCAAAAGAGUUAGAGGCAAAAGGAUACGACAUAUGUCCAACUAAAGAAGGCCCAGCUGCAAAAUGUAGACAAAAAUACGUGAAUUUGGAAAAGCAGUAUACAACUUAUAUUCAACACACAAGACGGACAGGAGAGGAAAAGAAGUGCAAACCUCCCUAUUUUAAUGAACUACACGCCAUAUUAGCUAUUACAGAAAACAAACAUAAAAUGUAUCCCACCAGUCUCCAAGAUUCAGAAGGGUCUGAACCUGUCGCAGGACCAUCACAUCAAAUAAGCGACACUGAAGAUAGUCAAGAAGAUAAUAAUAAUGUUAACGAGCGAGUCAUCAAUAGAUUUGCUAAAACAAAACGAACGGUGCGACCAAAAUCGCGAUCAUCAGAAAUUAUUACCACUUUUACAGAACAACAGGCGUUAGAUCGGGAAGAUCGACGGCAGCAGUACCAGGCGUUGAACAAACUCUUACAGGAGCAAAACGAACAGCGACGAGAGAUGAUAGGUUUAUUCAGCACAUUAGUGCGCCAUCAUAUACCGUCCAUUGGAGUAACUGGUCGGUUUUCGAGAAUGAUUACACGUUAGUCAACUUUUACGCCAAAGAGAGGCAGUUAUGU